AAGCCGCCGGAAGCGGGCGGGGAAGGAGCGCGGUCGUCUUAGUCCCGCGCGGCGCGGAGCGGCGCGGCCCGGUUCGGUUCGCUUUUCGCUUCUUGCUUCUUGCCCGGUGCCAUGUCGCGGCGGCGGCACAGCGAUGAUAGUGAUGACAGCGAUGGACAGCCUCACAAGCGGCGGAGGACGUCGGAGCCAUCGGAGAUCGAGGAGAGACUUGAGUCGCUCAUCUGCAGAGUAGGGGAGAAGAGUAACUCAUCCCUGGAGAGCAACUUGGAGGGCCUAGCUGGUGUAUUGGAAGCUGAUCUACCGAAUUACAAAAGCAAGAUACUAAGAAUUCUGUGUACUGUUGCACGUCUGUUACCAGAAAAGCUUACUGUUUACACAACACUAGUUGGGUUGCUGAAUGCCAGGAACUACAACUUUGGUGGGGAAUUUGUAGAAGCCAUGAUUCGUCAGCUUAAAGAAUGUCUGAAAGUCAAUAUGUACAAUGAAGCUGUGCAUUUAGUUCGUUUUCUGUCUGAUCUUGUGAAUUGUCAUGUCAUAGCUGCACCUUCAAUGGUGGCUAUGUUUGAGAACUUUGUGAGCGUGACACAGGAGGAAGACGUACCACAAGUGCGAUGUGACUGGUACAUAUUUGCAUUUUUGUCAUCUUUGCCUUGGGUUGGAAAGGAAUUGUAUGAGAAAAAGGAUGCUGAGAUGGAUCGUCUCUUGUCUCAGACAGAAAGCUAUCUGAAACGCCGCCAGAAGAUACAUGUACCAAUGCUACAAGUUUGGACUGCUGAUAAACCACAUCCACAGGAAGAAUAUUUAGACUGCCUCUGGUCUCAGAUUCAGAAGUUGAAAAAAGACCGUUGGCAAGAACGACACAUUCUGAGGCCCUACCUGGCUUUUGAUAGCAUUCUUUGUGAAGCACUGCAACAUAAUCUGCCGCCAUUCACUCCUCCACCUCACACUGAAGACUCAGUUUAUCCUAUGCCAAGGGUUAUUUUUAGGAUGUUUGACUACACUGAUGACCCUGAGGGCCCUGUCAUGCCUGGCAGCCAUUCUGUUGAACGAUUUGUAAUAGAGGAGAACCUUCACUGCAUCAUCAAAUCCCACUGGAAAGAGAGAAAGACUUGUGCUGCCCAGUUGCUGAGCUAUCCAGGAAAUAACAAGAUACCCUUGAACUAUCACAUAGUAGAGGUAAUUUUUGCAGAGUUGUUUCAGCUUCCUUCUCCACCACACAUCGAGGUCAUGUACACAACUCUGCUGAUUGAACUGUGCAAACUUCAGCCUGGUUCUUUACCACAAGUCCUUGCACAAGCCACAGAAAUGCUCUACAUGCGUUUGGAUACAAUGAAUACAACCUGUGUAGACAGAUUCAUUAACUGGUUUUCUCACCACUUGAGUAACUUCCAGUUCCGUUGGAGCUGGGAAGAUUGGUCAGAUUGUCUUACUCAGGACCUUGAAAAGCCCAAACCCAAGUUUGUGAGAGAGGUGUUGGAAAAAUGCAUGCGGCUCUCCUAUCAUCAGCGGAUAAUCGAUAUUGUUCCUGCAAGCUUUUCUGUCCUCAGUCCUGCAAAUCCAGUGUGUAUCUACAAGUAUGGAGAUGAAAGCAAUAGGUCUCUUCCUGGAUAUACUGUGGCACUCUGUUUAACAAUUGCAAUUAAAAACAAGGCCAGUAAUGAUGAAAUCUUCAGCAUUUUAAAAGAUGUGCCUAAUCCAAAUCAGGAUGAUGACGAUGAUGAAGGAUUUACUUUCAAUCCUUUGAAAAUAGAAGUCUUCGUUCAGACUCUGCUCCACCUUGCUGCAAAGUCUUUCAGCCACUCCUUCAGCGCCCUGGCAAAGUUUCACGAAGUCUUCAAAACGCUUGCUGAAAGUGAUGAGGGAAAACUCCAUGUUUUGAGAGUUGUGUACGAGGUCUGGAAGAACCAUCCACAGAUGAUCGCUGUGCUUGUGGACAAGAUGAUUCGGACACAAAUUGUUGACUGUGCUGCAGUAGCAAACUGGAUCUUCUCCUCAGAGCUUGCACAUGAUUUUACUAGGUUUUACAUCUGGGAGAUCUUGCAUUCCACAAUUCGUAAGAUGAAUAAGCAUGUUCUGAAGAUUCACAAAGAACUGGAGGACACAAAGGCAAGAUUGGCCAGACAACACAAAAGACGAGACAGUGAUGAUGAUGACCGGAGCAGUGACCGGGAGGACGGACCUCUGGAGGAGCAGAUAGAGCGCUUGCAGGAGAAGGUUGAGUCAGCACAGAGCGAGCAGAAGAAUCUCUUCCUUGUUAUAUUCCAGCGCUUCAUUAUGUUGUUAACUGAGCACUUAGUGCGCUGUGAGACCGGCGGAAUUGAUGUAUUUACGCCGUGGUACAAGAGCUGCAUAGAAAGGCUGCAGCAGAUCUUCCUGCAGCAUCACCAGAUAAUCCAGCAGUACAUGGUGACCUUCGAGAACCUCCUGUUUACAGCUGAGCUGGAUCAUCACAUACUGGCCGUCUUUCAGCAGUUCUGUGCUCUGCAGGCCUGAGGAGAAUUCCUGGUCUGGUCAAAAUUAUGACCUCUUCUUGGCAGUCGCUUCCACCGAUAAAUAGGAGCAGCGAGCAACACCUGGAGUGGGACAGAUUUUCUGCUUUGGUAACUGCAACCCUGACUGUGUUUUAGGGCUGCCAUGCCACCGAACCAGACCUGCAGGCCUGCAGUGCUGCCAGAAAUGCUUCUGUUACCCAUGGUGGAUCAACCAGGUGCCACUGCUUGUCUGGCUUAGCAACAACUGCUCUGUGGUGGCCGUAUCUGCUACGGCAACACGCAGCUCCUGUGUCACCUGAAAGCAUUUUGAUGCUCACUGAAGAGGUUUCUCGCCAGGAGACUCAGACUGGGGAAACACGUAACCUGAAAAUAGAGUAGCCUUAGUUUUGAGUUAUGCAAAUAACAUUACUUAUAGAAAUGCCAAAUCAGAGUGGUCUGUGUUAUGACGAGCAGUGAUGAGUGGCAAUGACACUGCCUUAGGUGCUCAGGUCUGUACUGUACAGUAUACUUCCAAGCUGUUUAUGUUCUCUUUACUUUGUGGGUGAAUGUUUAGAGAAUUUCAUACCCAGUGCUACACAGUUCAAGCUUGAAACCGAUGAAUUUUAAGUAAUUUUGCUCCUGUACAAAUUUUUUUUUCCAGUGUUAUGCUCCGUAAUGCAAUUCAUCCCAACAUUAAUAAAUUGACCUCCUAAUAAAGUGAGGAGAGCAAAGAGGAAAAUUUUUUGAGUGUCGACGUAAGCUUGUACGUGGCUUAUUGCAGUUGGAUGUGUCCUCAUAGACUUCAGUUUGUUACUUCUGCUUUCACUGCUUACCCCCUCUGGUUUGACUGAGCCCUCUCUUCUUUAAGGUUUACUGUUAUGUGUUAUAAAUUUGCUUUAUGCAGAGAGUUUUGUCAGUCAUGCACAGUUCUGCUUCAAAUCUUUCUGUUGAUGUUCUUGAGCAAUUAAAUAGUGUUUUUUUAAAAGAAACAUUUAGCAUUGUAGAAGUUUUAAUUGGGGUUUGGCUUUUUUCUUCCACUGUCUCAGAUGAGUAAGGAGUUCUGGUGUUAACUAAUGAUGGGGAUCUAAAGGACUGUAAAUGUGAUUUCUGUAGAAGCGACAAUGUGGUUACAACGUGCAAACCUGUAACUUGCUCUGAGCCUCGACAAACAGUGGUGCUGGGGAUCCAGUUGCAAAUACUUGCACGUGGACAGCAUAAUCCUAUGGCUUAAAACCAAAUUUGCACUUUCACUAUAAACGGAGUUCCCAUGAUGGGUUUUGACAUCUCAGUAGUCUGUUGGAAGCUUCCCCUCUUUCCAAGUCCAGCAGCACACAUCUGUCUUGACUUGGGAAACCGGUUGGUCCAUAGGAAGAAUGAGAUGCUUGUACCAGCAGCUAGCCAGCUUGAGAAACGUGGAACCGCGGAAGCGUGGGGUGGUGAAUAGUGUAAAGGUGCUGUAGAAAUGUGGUGUGGUUGGAAAAAAAUGCACAAUUAUUAAAGUCAAAAAUAAAUGAAGGCGAAGCAGGUUACUGCUGUGUUUGUCCUACCUUUG